UUGAAAGUAGUUUCUACUGUUAAUUAUUUGGAAUUAUGUUAAGAAUGUUUUAAAUUAUUUGAAUUUUUAAUAAUUCGUUAUAAAAAUAAUUUCUUUGUUGAAAUUGGGUAAUAAUAAUUGAAUUAUUCUUUUGUUUGUGCCAAUCUACAUAAAAAAUGAGACGUUUUGCAAAAACUGUGAUGUUUGUUCUUAAUUUUAUCGUUUCGUUUUGUGGAGCAGUUGGUGCUGUUAGCAUAUUUGUUACAAAGUUCUCAAUACGAAAAUAUAAUAUACCUGUAGGAUCCGAAUAUCACUUAAUUCUCACAACUCUCAUAGCCUUGGCUAUAUUGAUGUUUUUAUUGGCAAUUCUGGGAUGUUGCGGUACGAUGUUAGAUAACAUGUACAUACUUAAUUCGUAUUCUUCUUGGUUGCUCUUGAUUGUGAUUAUCCAAGUUUCUAUUGGAAUUUAUAUUACUGUGAAUAAAAAACAGAUGAUUGAAGCUGUAAAAGGAGAAAUGUUAAUGUCAAUGAAAAAAUUCAGAGCUCAGCCUCAUAUCAGAAAAGGAUGGAAUUUACUUCAAACAAUUUUGAAAUGCUGUGGGAUAAAGCAAUCAUCUGAUUGGUUAUUUGCAUUUAAAUCUGGAAAGUUACCGAUAUCGUGUUGUCCUCGUUUGAAGUUAGAAGAUGAAGAACAAUGCACCUUAGGUUUGGAUUCGCACGUUGCAGAAGGUUGUUUUGAGAAAUUAGUUGUGAUUAUAAAGAGAAACAUUACAGAAAUUUUAAUAUUGAUCUUCACAACGAUAAUCUUUGAGAUAAUUAACAUUAUAUUUGGUUUUUAUUUGGUUUAUAAAAUUGCACAAGAUCGAUUUUAUUUCGCCUUAAUGACAGAAAGUGCAGAAGAUGCUGCUUCCUCACCUUGUCCAUAAUAUUAUUCAAUACCAUGUAAAAUUUCAUAUCUAUGGAAGAAUGAUAUUUCAAAUACAUUUUUUAACAGUAAUUAUUUUAAAUUAUUGUAUACAGUCGUUUCUCACCGAGCAUGAGUCUUUAGAGUGGUUUCCCAUCUUUAUACAUGCUGAGUGACCCCAAUGUAUAUCUACAGAUAUUGGCCAUUUAGGUUUUAUGGCAAAUUAUAACAGUGGACGUGUUACUUGGUAAAGCAUGUUUAAUACAGCUGGAUAAUCGAGCCAAAUGAAAUGAGCUGUCAUUGGCUGCUUAUUCAUCUACAGUGUAGAUGAAUACAGUGUUUCUCAACCUCUAACG